AUCCAUAUAAGACAUUUCCCAUCUGUAUAAAUGCUUAAAGCCUAAACCAAGGGGCCGCGUCAAGAAAUCAGCUAGCGAUGGCGGCAGAGUCGACUCAGUCCCCUCCUAGCUGCCCCAUCAAGCACAUAGUCAUCUUGGUCCAGGAGAACCGCUCCUUCGAUCACAUGCUGGGGUGGAUGAAAUCUCUCAACCCGGAGAUCGACGGUGUCACUGGAGCUGAAUCGAACCCCUUACCUGCAUCAUCAGCCGAGUCAGAAGAUCAGAACUCCAUCCCCCGGCUACUCCAUUUCCAGGACAAUGCCACCUACAUCGAUCCCGACCCUGACCACUCCUUUCAAGCCAUCUAUGAGCAGGUCUUCGGCAAGCCGUGGACAGCCGAAGAAGCUGCGGAGCAGAAGCCACCCACCAUGGAUGGAUUCGCCCGGAAUGCAGAGGCAAAGAUGGAGGGAUUGGCGGAGAUCGUGAUGAGCGGGUUCCAGCCUGAUGCAGUGCCCGUGUUCAAGCAGCUAGUGUCCGAGUUUGCAGUGUGUGACCGGUGGUUUGCAUCGCUCCCCGCUGCAACACAGCCGAACCGGCUUUACGUGCACGCCGCGACCUCGCACGGGGCCACAGGGAAUGACACGGAGCAGCUGAUAAAGGGAUUCCCACAGAAGACCAUAAUGGAGUCGAUGCACGAGGCCGGCCACACUUUCGGAAUCUAUUAUCAGUAUCCCGCCUCCACCUUUUUCUAUAGAAACCUUCGGAAACCGAAGUAUCUAAAGCACUUCCACCAAUUUGAUCUCCUUUUCAAGAAACAUUGCAAGGAGGGGAAAUUACCGAACUAUGUUGUGAUCGAGCAGCGAUACUUUGAGGUUUCCGGGCUUCCAGCAAAUGACGACCACCCUUCUCACGAUGUCUCAGAAGGGCAAAAGUUCAUCAAGGAAGUUUACGAGGCAUUGAGGUCAAGUCCUCAGUGGAACGAGAUUUUAUUCUUGAUAGUCUAUGAUGAGCAUGGUGGGUUCUAUGAUCACGUCCCUACACCGUGGCAAGGAGUCCCAAACCCAGAUGACAUCAUUGGUCCCGAGCCUUACAACUUCAAGUUCGAUCGUCUAGGAGUCAGGGUUCCAGCCAUUCUAAUCUCUCCCUGGAUCGAGCCGGGAACAGUGUUGCAUGAGCCUACGGGGCCAUACCCGACCUCUCAGUUUGAGCAUUCAUCGAUCGCAGCGACUGUCAAAAAGAUAUUCAACCUUAAGGACUUCCUAACAAAGCGUGACGAGUGGGCAGGUACAUUUGAAGGAGUCCUAAAUCGUACCACUCCAAGAGCUGAUUGUCCAGUGACAUUAGCAGAGCCAGUGAAGAUGAGGGAAUCCGGGCCAAAUGAAGAGGCAAGUCUCAACGAUUUCCAGGAACAACUGGUGCAGAUGGCCGCGACGUUGAAUGGGGAUCACAAAAAGGACACUUACCCCCACAAAAUGGUGGAGAACAUUACUGUCUCAGCCGCCGUUGAGUAUAUCGAGGGUGCAUUCAAAAUGUUCUGCGAUGAGUGUGAGAAGCUGAAAGAUGAAGAUGGUGUUGAAGAGGCAGAAUCAUCGGAAGACAACCAGAAGGACGUCCCAACACUAGCGGCCACGAGAAAGACGCCCAAAAGUUUUGUCCAGAAAGUGUUUUCUUGCAUAAUAUGUGAUAACUGAUGUGUGUAUACAGUAUGUUAGGAUUGUCAAUCGAUCGCAUUUAGCCUUAUAACAAUAACUGGAAUAUUUUUUUUCUGAAAUAUUUUGAGAAAUUCGGUCACAUACAGCAGCGAUUUGUGGCUUCGAAAA